GUUGAGUACAGCGCGGAUUGGGAUCUCUGUAGGUCAUGCAUGAACUCUAAAGGCACCUGUGGAUCGAACGCAACGACGGAUUCGUUUCUCUGCCUUUGCGGGGAUCGUCCUUCCAAUUCUACUUGUCCAAUUGUUCAUGCAACUGAGACAAGUGGUGGUUGCUGUGAAUACAAUAACAAGGAAUUUGUCUCAUUUUGCAGCAAUAUCUCAAAACUUAUGAUAUCGAUGAUGUUUCUGUAGACUGCACCAAGUUCAACUGGAAAACAAAGGUUUUCAUAGGCGUAGCUGCGACUAUUGCAGGAUCUUGUAUUUUAUUGUUUGUUAUUCUCUUCCGUUGGACUUCACUGAUUAGGGGAAAUGACAAUGAAGAUGCUGCUGAGGCCUUCAUUCAGAACAUUGGACCUCUAGCAGUAUAAAGAUACAAAUUUUCGGAUGUAAGGAAAAUGACCGACUCAUUUAAAGAUAAACUGGGUCAAGGCGGUUAUGGUGAUGUGUACGAAGGGAAGCUAUUGAAUGGUUGUCGUGUGGCUGUGAAGGUUCUUAAAGAAUCCAAAGGGAAUGGAGAGGACUUUGUUAAUGAGGUUGCCAGCAUUAGUAGAACUUCCCAUGUUAAUGUGGUCACUCUUUUGGGGUAUUGCUUUGAAGGUAAGAAAAAAGCGCUCAUAUAUGAGUUCAUGCCCAAUGGAUCACUUGAGAAGUUCAUAUACAAAGAAAGUAAUCUUUUGACAACCACUCCAUACUUGGAAUUGGAAAAACUCUUCCAAAUUGCUAUUGGGAUAGCUCGAGGGCUUGAGUACUUGCACCGUGGGUGCAACACACGAAUCUUGCACUUUGACAUUAAACCACAUAAUAUCCUUUUGGAUGAAGAUUUCUGCCCAAAGAUUUCUGACUUUGGUCUUUCUAAACUUUGUACGAGGAAGGAAAGUAUUAUGUCAAUGUUGGAAGCUAGAGGGACAAUAGGGUACAUAGCUCCAGAAGUGUUCUCCAGAAACUUUGGAAGAGUGUCUGCUAAGUCCGAUGUCUAUAGUUAUGGAAUGAUGAUUCUGGAGAUGGUUGGAGGAAGAAAGAACAUUGACGCUCGAGUGAGCCACACCAGUGAAAUUUAUUUUCCAGAUUGGGUUUAUGAGCAUCUUGAGCAGGGCAGCAAUUUUGGAUUGCUCAGUGCCGCGACAGAAGAGGAAAAGGAACUUGCGAGGAAGAUGAUCUUAGUGGGAUUGUGGUGCAUACAGACAAAGCCAUCAGAUAGGCCAUCCAUGAGUAAAGUGAUUGAAAUGUUGGAAGGAAGCACUGAAGCCUUGCAAAUACCACCAAAGCCUGUCCUAUCUUCUCCUGUACAGCAAUUCACAUCAAACAAAUCUGACAGCAUUGUUUUGCUACUGUACAUAAACAUACACAAGCAGUGUAAUGUACAGGAUCUUAUCAGAACCUCCAACAAUGUAGACUGCAUUUUUUAAACUUUUGCAUUGAAGAUACAAAUGGUAGGAUAAUAGGACAAUCAAUUUUCCUGAAUUGGUGGUUUCAGUUAUGUGUACUUUUUAAUUUUAAUUUUAGUUCAACCGGCUUGCUUACUUCAAUAAGAAAAGAAGCCCUGUGCACGGAGAUUGGUUAUAACUUCAGUUAUAACAAUCACUGCAU